GCCGCGAGUUUGAGACCCCUGAUGUAGACACUUUGUAAAUGCAGUGAACUCCACCAUCUGGAGGUGUGUUAUAUCGAUAAAAUAUUAUCACAGAUUUAUUUUCAUGCCUCUUCUAAAUCUACAAAUUUAUUUUCGGAGUCGACUUUGGCGCAAAAUACAGACGAUUUGUAGCCUCGCCGCUAUUUUAAUCACACGACUGAGAAGUCUCGUUCACGACGAGAACUUACGUUUCGCGAGAUUUUAGUCUUGACGGAUGACCACAGUUCUUUGUUUUCUUGACGAUUAGAAAAAUGCCGGGGAAGCGUUCUUUUCAGGAGAACUGGGUAAAGGAAGAAAAAUAAAGACUGGUUGAUAUAAGACUCUAAAGAUAAACAUUGUGCACGAUGUGCUGCCUACGGAAUAUCCUUAUAUCUUUCGUCAAUGGGCGAAAGUGUUUUGAAGAAAAAAAAAUAAAUCGACUGUUAUGUUUGAAAGUUUCGACUCAUUCCAUUUUUGAUUUAGCAUCAGGAUCACACUCUUUUCAUUCUUCAACAGGAGCCGGUUGCACUGCUCGGGCGAAGGCCUUAGUCUGGACGUUUAAGGGACAAUAGUCACAUGCUUUCAAUCAUUAAAUAAUGCGUCAUCUGGGUUAUCAGUGUAAGAAUGUCACAAAUUUAAUACAACCUUUGACUGAACACAUGCUAUAUUUGUAAAUAUUUAUAUUUCAAUGCUCUUCACUUGUCUUUGCACUCAGCGCACUUCAAUGUGCCAGCCCACAUGCAGGCAUUCACCUUAUAACAGCAGUCAACUCUAUGCCCAACCACAAGAUGCUGGACUCCCCUGUGUACAAUGGACCCUACCAAAGCCUCUCUCUCCCCUGUUCAAUGCACCCCACCAACCCAUGACCUACUACCGCUACUAGGAUGUUCUCACCAACGACUCGCAACAUGAUUUGAAAGCAAAGGGUCUCUAACAGUUCCUAGCCUCUUGUGUCGCUGUAUUGUAGUGACGACUGUAAACCAACGUGUGUCUCAGCUGUGAAACUCUCCUCCCAACCUUCGACGGAUUGUCGGUGUCGCCUGGAAAAUAACACAUGGUGUGUUCGCAGAAAUGGUCAAGCGUGACAUUACCGCCCCUGCCUUAAGGUUUUUGCUAAAGCUCCAGGGGCUGAGUCUCAGAAGAUUAAGUAGCUGAGGACGUGUGCAGUUUCACUCAGAUUGUACUUUAACAAUUCAAAAAGAAAAAUCGAAUGUAAUGUUAGAAGAGGAGGCUAUGUCUGCCAUAAACAAUCCAGUCCAGGUCUCAUGUAUACACAGCAUAAAGACUGAACUGAGGUCUGUAGCUGAUCUACAAGAAGACCUAAAUGAUAAUGUAACGCUUAAGACAGAAAGCACAUUUUGUUCUGAUACAAAUAUGACAUAUUGUUCACAAAUUAGCUGUGUGCAGCUUGGAAACAUUUCUGGUCCAGUUUACAUGAAACCUGAGCAUGCUUGGGAUAUUCCUCAAUCAAACUGUAAACAUGAGAAUACUGUAAAACUGGAGUUCAUCUCUCAAGUUGCCAUUGAUUGUAUUAAAACUGAGCAAGAUCCUGGUUCAGAACUUCAUCCUAUAAAAGCCGAGUGUGCUGCACACAUUGAGCAGUCACCUUGCAGUCAUGAGAGUGCUGUGAAAGUGGAGUGCCAAUUUCAAGAUGUCACCUGUUCAAUUAAGACUGAGCAGGAUCUUGAGCAAUGUGCGAAGACAGAGGAACAGCUUGUAUUUAAGCAAGAAGAACAAGAUGAUAGUCACAUGGUGAAGACUGAGACAGGUUGGCCUGGUCAGCAUGCAAUGUGGAAGAAUAACAUUGAUGAGAACUGUCAAGAAAUCAGUGUUGCUAGAUGCAUAACUCCUGAGAUGACAGAUAUUAUCAGAGAAAAUCAACAUCAGACACAUGCGACUGUUACUGAAGUCACCAAUGAUUCAGCAACAGGAAACAGAAGUGAUGCCGAACCUUAUCAGUGUCGAGUGUGUUUAUGUUCUUUCCGUUGUUCAACCCUACUCCAGAAACACAUGAUGAUCCACUCUGACUUUAAAGCUUACAAUUGUACUCCAUGUAGCGUUUUGUUAGAAAGAAUAGAUACUUUAAAACAGCACAAGGAAGCUAACAGUAAUAAGAGAUCUGACCACAGUGAUGAGAGACCUUACCAGUGUACUGUAUGUCAUGCAGUUUUCAAAAGAUUAGAUACUCUAAAAAAACACAUGGUGAUACAUAGUGAUAUGAAACCUUACCAGUGUACUGUAUGUCAUGUAGCUUUCAAAAGAUUAGAUGGCAAAAAAGAGCACAUGGUGACCCACUGCACAGUAAUGAGAGACCUCACCAGUGUUCUGUCUGUCAUGUAGCCUUCAAAACGCCUCGUGACUUAAAACAGCACAUGGUGACUCACAGUGAGUUAAAACCUCACAGUGAGUUAAAACCUCACCAGUGUACUGAAUGUCCUUUAACUUUCAAAAAAUUAUGUUACUUAAAAAACCACAUGUUUAACCACAGU